AGGGGGUGGGCUGCAAUGCUAGCGUUCGGCCGAAGCAUCAUCGUCUCUCUCUUCUCUCGCUGUCGCUUGGGAAUUCUCGUGAGGAGAUUUGGGCAUGGAGAGAUUGCCGGGGGAGCUGUGCCUCAAGAUCUUCCACCUGUUGAACCAUACAUCUCUCGCUGCUGCUCCCCAAGAAAGUGGAGGGUAUUGGCAUCCGAUGAUGCACUGUGGUCCAACCUAUUUAAGGAAAGAUGGGGAGGAGACUGUGCAGCAUUUUACGCCCCAGUUGAUCCCAAAUCCUGGAAGGAUGUAUACAUAGUGCAACACCGAUGUGACCGGUUUGGACUGGGCCUAAGGAUCAUCACAGAAGCGCCUCUACAAGGCAUCGAAGAGCAUCACUCAGGGAUUCCGGAUAGAAUCCUUUUCUUUCUUGGGGAUCUCGAGGCUGCUUGUGCAGCGGCCAAGCGUUUACAGACGUGAACAUGCAUUUUCGUCAAAGAUGAAUGAAACAGCGCACUGUAUUAUUCGGUGCAGAUUGUAGUGGGAAAGAGUUGAUGCUAUCACAGAAAAGAGUGCAUGUAACUUGCAAGGCAACCAAACAAGGAAGACUUUACCCGUCCGAUUGGGAACUGAUGCCAAGUUGCUGAAGGAUAUCUUACGUGGUCCAGAAAGAAUGAAAAGUUUGUUUGUGGAGAAAGAAUGUACCGUCUCCUCUUCUGCCGUAAUGACCUCAGUAAGUACAUAGAGAUCCUUAGCAUCUUGACAGAUAAUGCUUUCUUGGAGCGGAAAAGAAGGUGAAGGGUCAACGUAAGAUGAGGUUGACAAAAAAGCCUUCUUAUUUGCUCAAGACAGUUGACUAUGGGUUGCUCACAUCAACUUCAUUUUGGCAGAAUGAUAAUGUUGACAAUUGGACCGGUCAUAUGGCUGCUAUGAUCGAAUUGCGAGUGUAUUACGGCAUUAGACGUGAGGAAUCUGACUUUCUUUCUUUGGCUGCAAUUUCCUAAUACAUAACACUUCGUUUCUUUUAUUGGAAGGUUGCCAUGAAAAUAUAAGAAAAUUGCCCCUAACAGUGUUCCAAACAAA